UUUGAAGACUAGAACUGAGAAAGGAAGACGAAGGCAGUCCAGUCCUCUCCUCCAGUUUUGAAAUCACCCAACUCCACGCAAAUUCCAACCCUAACCCGAGAUUUACUGCUCUCUCCUCCUGCGGAUCCGUCCGCAGCACAAUGGGGAUCGCCUCACAGGACGUGAUCAAGCAGCUCUCCGUGCUCAUCGACCAAGUGGAGGAGCAUUUGAAGGUUACAUUUCAGAAUGUUCAUCAGGGCCAUCCAAAUGUAACUUUCACGCGUUUUCUUAAGGCUAGAGAGUGGAAUGUUUUCAAAGCACAAAAGAUGUUGGUAGACUCUCUAAACUGGAGGAUACAAAAUCAUAUUGAUGAUAUUCUCUCUAAACCUAUAACUCCAGUUGAAUUGUAUAGAGGGAUUCGUGAUUCACAGCUUAUAGGAAUGUCAGGACACACUAAGGAUGGCAACCCUGUUUUUGCAAUAGGUGUUGGCCUCAGCGCAUAUGAUAAAGCAUCAGUUCAUUACUAUGUACAAUCACAUAUUCAGAUGAAUGAGUAUCGCGAUCGCGUCAUCUUGCCUGCUGCAACUAAGAAGUACGGACGCCAUAUUGCCACUUGUGUGAAAGUUUUGGAUAUGACUGGUCUAAAGCUUUCAGCAUUGAGUCAAAUAAAGUUACUAACGACGAUAUCCACGAUUGAUGACCUAAAUUACCCCGAAAAGACAGAGACUUAUUAUAUUGUUAAUGUCCCAUAUAUAUUUUCAGCAUGCUGGAAGGUUGUCAAGCCUCUAUUGCAAGAAAGAACACGAAGGAAAGUGCAAGUGCUGCAAGGUUGUGGCAGAGAUGAGUUGUUGAAGAUAAUGGACUAUGCAAGUCUUCCCCACUUUUGCAAAAGAGAAGGUUCUGGCUCCUCUCGAUAUUCAUCCACCGGAUUCAAUGACUGCUUCUCCUUGGACCAUCCCUUCCACCAACAGCUUUACAGCUACAUCAAGCAGCAAGCACAAGGCAGACCAUUCAUUGCACCCCUGAAGCAAGGAUCUUUUCACGUAGACGUGCCCGAACCAGGCUCCGAGGGGAUUAAUAUCGUAAAAACCAUAGAGUCAGAGCUCCAUAAGAUCGGAAACAACAAUGGGCUCAUCCACUCACUCAGCGAUCUCAACAUCGACAGCGCAUGAUGCUAAGUCGCUACAUGGUGAACCUAAGUUAUAUCAUCUUUCUAUAAGCAAAAAACCACUUGCAUUCGCUGGAUGCAGUUUUAGUUUCAAGAUGAAUAGUCACUCAAGUCAAGUAGCCUCAAAAUUUUCAGCCAUUUAAGGGGGUGAAUUGUGAAGCUGGAUGAGGGCACGUAAGCUUACAAACUUAGAGAAUGUAGAGACUUCUUUUGGUAUUUAAGUUAAUAUAUUUCUAAAAUUAUGGUGUGUCAAUUUGUUUAUGGAGACAAUUUUAUAUAUAAUAUUUCUUUAA